AUGAAUACAUAAGUUUUUUUUAGAAUUUAUUGCAAAACUCAGUUUUCUUAGCAUGUCAAAGUUGUUGGAAAUGAACCUUAAUUGGGAAAUUGGAAUCCAUCAAAAGGUUUAUAGUUGCUCACUAAUGAGAGCAUGUACCCCAUAUGGUUUACUGACUAUCCAUUAGAACUUCUUGCAUGUAUUAAAAAUAACUAUUUAUAACUAGAUUCAAAGUUAGAAUUUAAAGUGGUAAUUAUUGAUGACUAAAAUUGUUAUUGGGAAUGUUGUCCCAAUAGAGAGAUGAAUGUAUAAAGUUUGAAAUAAAUUGUCAUCGUAAAUUAUGACAAUCCUUCCAUUUAAGUUCUUGGAAUUAAAACUUUAGUUUCAGAAGUUGAACUUCCAAAUAUAGAGUAAAGUAAUUAUGAAUUUCAAGAUAAUAGAUCGUGCAAGAAAAGUAUCCAUUCAAGUUUAAGAUUAUAUGUCUUAUACAGAUUCUGAUUCAGUAAGUUUAUUAAGUCAAUUAUUUAUAGGAAGACUAAAACAGCAAGAAAUCAUAGUUAACUAAAGAUAAUUCACUUUUUCCAUCUAUAGAGUCUUUUAAUAGUUGUCUACAGCCCAAUGAAGAUCUACAAUAAGAUCGAAUAGAUAUGGAUUGA